CGUUAUUAAAAGUAUAUAGCACCUGGAAAACACGAUUCAAAUAUGUAAUAUCAUCUUCGAUCUUUAGACCAGUAAAGCUCUUCAAGACUAAACCAAAUAUUAUGGUUAUUUSUGGGGCUGUUUUUGUCUAAAAUUUUCUAAUUGUACAAAAUGUUUUCUCAGAUGUAUUGUGGUAAAGUUAGACUUAUUUGCUUUACUGUUUCUGUUUUACUUUACAAGGUUUUGUGACGGCAUCAAUACUGGUACCAAAUCAAACCUAAUGAAGCGAUUUAGGCGAAAGUUUUAAGAGUUGAAUUUCGUUUAACUGUUUAKAUUUCGAAAAGCGCUAAAAAGUUUAGAGAAGAUAUUUUGUGUAAUAAGCGAUCUUUUGUAAUAUUGAGCACAAGUGGGUGGUAGUCUCAAAUCACUGCUUUCGUCAUUAUGAUAAUUUAAUGACUGCUCUCGAAAUUACCGAUGCUAUUCACUUUUCUUAUCUUAUCUUGAUCGAAAGAACUUCUAAAAUUUUUCUUCUUAAUCCAAAGAUAAAUAAUAUGUAUUUAAUAACUUCGCUUUAAUUGUAAGMAAAUGUUCAUGAGUUUCAAUCAAGCCUGCUGUGAUAGGAACUGUAGAARUUUAAUCCUAAAUUUGUAAUUUAUUUAAAUUUUUCUAAUCGCUUGCUUCCAAAGCUGUGUUCUUCUUUGCAACAAAGGAUUAUUGGCUAAAUUGGUUCCUCUAUUAGAUUAAUAAGCCCACUUUGGAGGACUAGGUAUUGUACAUCAGAAGAGGCGAUAAUUCUUUUGAAAUGCAUUGUAGCGGGACUGUAAUGCUUGCUUGGUUUCUUUGUGCAUAAGAACUUUGAUUUUGCACUCCAUAAUGUGCCGUUUUUUAAAGCGGUUUCUACUCUCAAUCAGUAGAAUUUAUCCUAUUAAACUAUUAAACACAUUCUUUACAUUGGUCUUUCAGAUUUUACGCAUUUUUCGGCAUUUUUUGCUAAUUUCAGUAGAAUUUUAAAACAUUUUCGAACAUAUAUAAAACCUUUUUGGCACUGUAUCUAAUUGUAUUCUUGUUAUUUUUACUCCUUACUCACAAAGCAAACAUGUUUUUGUGUGGCUUUCCAAAUCGAAUCAUCAAGUAUUUGUGUCGGCAAAGAAAGCAAACACUGUUCACACUUGAACAAAUAUAGCUCGAGUCAACAGUCAUUUAGUUGAUGAAAUUUAUCCCAAAACAUCRUGUUUGUUAGUCAAAUUGGAAUUUAAACAACUGUCAUCAUUCCAAGUUUCAGUGUCUUUUAAUGAGCGUAACUUAUUUUCAAAAAUGUUUCGACCAGUAAUAUCUUAGYGUGAGUGCAUAUAUUUACCUAGUUUAGAACCUCAGAAUUUUCAUUAGUUUAAGGUGUCAGUCAACUUAAAAGUCGCCAUGGUAACUUUAGAAAUCUUUGUUUUUUUUUUCUGUGCAAACGUUUGGUUUGUUAGGUAACUGAGCAAACUUCAGCUCUUAGUGUAGCCAGAGAAUCUAAGCAGGCACUGAACCUCGUACUAUUUGUUAGCCGAUAGUUCAGGCUCGUGACUGUAACGUGUGCAGUGAAAUCAAUAUUGUUUUCGUGCAAUUUCCAAUCCUACAAUUUAUUAUAUUAACAUUACUAGGUCCAAAUGUCUACCACCAAAAUGUGGAAUUCCUUGGAGCACUUCCAUUUCCUACUUUUUGUUUUGAUUAAUGCGAAAAUCUGUCAACUUCGUCUAAAUUUGAGUCGUAAUUGUAUCCUCGACUAUCGGUUACGGGAGUUCAGAUAACGUUUCUUAAGAUAACUCUCUCUAGACAACACGCCCAUUCACCUCAGAGUUUCAAAUAACUUUUAUUAUAAGAUAACCACAGUCUGAGUGCUUUUGUUAUCUUCAUUAAUGAAAACUUAUAUUUAGGUUCAUUAUAAUUGCUGUGACCACAUACGAAUCAAGAUGUUUUUAUACUUUUUCUUACUUGAGCAGAGAAAAUCUGCUAGAAGGAAUAUUAGAUUUUUAAAGUAAAAAAAACCUGAAUAUUUUUAAAAGACCGACAUAAAAGAUCAUUUCUCCCCAUUUUUCUUCGCAUUUUUACUUUCUCAUACAGGAAAUACCUAAAAUGUGGCAUGCCACACCCUUGUUAUUUUAGUCAAAGUUUUCGUUCAAAUCUGAACUAUACACAUCUWUUUAUUAUAUUUUUAGGCAUUGCUUUAUUUUUGUAAGUUCUUUAAUUAUAAUGACCAAUAAGUACAGGACAUUGCAAUAUUGCUUGUGUGGCAAUAUUCUAUACAUUCAAUAUUUGUAACGUUUUUGCAUUCGUAACGUUUCUUUGCUCAGUUAAGCGACCAUUCUUCAUUAAACAACCACCCAAGAGGGUACACUAUGAUAUUGACAAUGAGCGACACCAUCCUAUUGAUUGUGCUGUCAUUGGAAUACCUCAACCAAACAUUGAAUGGUACCGUUUGCAUGGGGAAAUCUCGAGAAAGAGGGCAAACAUUUCGCCUAAUGGCACGUUGACAUUUACGAGUGUAGAAAUGUCCGACGCUGGUCGUUACGUAUGUUCUGCGUCCAACGAUUACGGUUCAGUACGCUACGAGUUCGACAUUAAUGUUACACGAGCAACCAAACCUCUACCGUCAAAUCGAAUAACCAUCGAAGAAGGAAAAACCAAGGUGCUUCACUGUUUACUGGAUUCCAGCGCACCAACAAGUAAUUUGCAUUAUUCCUGGACUAAGGAUGGAAAAGAUGUCAUGUCACCACCGCAGUCUAGGCUGAGUAUCAUUGUUGACGGGUCACUUUACAUCAAAAAUACCAAAAGAACCGAUUCAGGAGUCUACCGGUGUACUGCUAAAGGAUUGGAUACAACAGGAACUAAGAUCUUGACUUAUCCAGGAACAGACCUUUUCUUGGAUAUACAAUAUGUGCCGAAUAUCAUUUUAAUCAAAGAGGUAGCKACUGCAUCCCAAGGUUYUGAUGUAAGGUUACCUUGYGUAACACAAGCCAAUCCAUCUACUGUAACAAACGAAUGGACACGUCGUGGUAACACUCUAAAAGGACCAAGGUAUGCUGUUCUCCAGGAAGGCAGUCUUCUUAUACGUGCUUUGAAGACUUCUGAUGCGGGGACGUACACAUGUACUCCGUCGAACAAAGUAGGAAAAGGAAUGGCUAAAUCUACAAAACUCAAAGUGAAAAUUGUUCCAAGGUUCACUGCAGUUCCCCCUGCUAUCAAAACAGUUCGUCUUGGCGACGAUAUUCAUCUGGAGUGUUCAGCAGUUUCCGAUAUCUCACCGACCGUCUCAGUAACAUGGAUUCGUGUUGGUGAAUCUCUUCCUCCUGGUCGCACUACGCUGAAAGGUGGGAAGUUAACCAUCACUAAAACCCAGCGAAGUGAUGAUGGACAGUAUAUGUGCCUUGCUUCUGCUAGUGAAGGGGUAGCCAAACAUUCUACCUCUAUCACAGUUCUUUCAACUCCUGGUGCACCAAAUAUCACAAACGUACAAAUAUCUGGAUCAACUGUUAAAGUCACGUGGCAACCUGGGCAUGAUGGCGGCUAUGCGCAAAGGUUCGAAGUCUGGUACCGCAAGGCUACUGACCCUGAUUACCAGUGGAAAGGCACAGGAGUUCURCCGCUGGGUACCAAUUCGUAUACAUUUAUGGACCUGGACUCCGCAUACGUUUUUUCAGUGAGAGGAGUGAAUAAAGAAGGAGCUGGGGUAUGGAGUCUUGUGGUUGAUGCAAGGACUGGAAUCCCAUUGAUUGACUUGCCAGACAAGCCUCUCCCGCCGUCUAAUGUUAUCGUAAACGUCAGUUCUACCGGUUACUAUCUGUCCUGGGAUUACAAAGAGGUUCCUGGUAGACCKCUGGUUGAUAAGUUCGUUGUAGAAUACCGCGAAAAUAACACCUCGAAUGCUUGGAUCAGAGUGGAGGAGAGUGUUGACGGGACGGAAAGGUCGAGUUUUCUAAGAGCCAUCUUAUUCGACUCUUAUAAAGUAUAUGAAUUCAGAGUAUAUGCAUUUGGAAUCAAGUACAGUGAGCCGGCGUAUGCAUCAAAGACGUUUAUAAUAGUUUCUCCAGGUGUGGCUGUAAAGAAAGAAAAGUCUAAUCUUAUACCAAUUAUUGCUGGUGUACUUGGCGCCAUUGCGUUCUUGGUUUUGCUUGGUUUAAUUUGUUUCUGUUUAGUUCAAUAUAAAGCCGGCAGAAGACCUGGAGAUAAAUCAAACAAGAAAGUACACUUCUUGCUUCCCGAUGGCAAAUCGAGGGAGCAGUCAGAAGUCACCGAGGAUGACUUUCUUGAUGAAGAAAUCAAGCUUCGGCCGGAGACAGUUCGUUUUACUCCAGACAAACACAUUGGUGAGGGGAGCCAUUGGCGACGAAAAAUCACGAAAGAAGACGACUUCUUUCUUCUAUCAUCUGUUGAUCAUGUUUUCGGCGGUGAUAAGCUGGACUACAGUCCACAUCGGACUUCUCUAGAUCAUUCUAUUACUUCACCUAGUAAGGAAAAAGUUAAAUUCUUCGGGGCCGGUGAACAGUCUGGUUGGUACGAUUGUACGCUUGGUCGUCCAGCUUCUAACGAAGUGCGUGACUCAUAUGAUCAGUUCUGCAGAUCCCCAAGUGAUAUUGGAUCACGGGAUUCUUUAGAUCGUGAUGCUCUCAAACGUGCCCUAUAUGAACACCAAGGGUCCAAGAUGCACCUAGUGAAAAAGUUCGACGGUUCGAAUUCAAGUCUUCAGUUUGACAAAGGAAGGGCGAUGAGAGGGCCGCGUUAUAGAACACCACCUCCAGGCUCAGACGAAGACGCUGCCCUUAAACGCUCCAAAGAUAAUCCUCAUCAUUGGUCGCUGCCUGCCUUCAAUUCACCUUCUGGCGACUGGAGGAACCAAUCAAACAGAGACUCCGAUUCAGAUUCUGUGAGCUCUUUAGGGCGCGGCAGACGACGGCGAAUGAACCGACCAUCGUCAUACUACGAAGGAAGUGCUUCUCUACAACGAGAGCUUGUGCCAAUAACAGAACAAGACUCUGACACCAAUCUACGAUGCUCGUGCGAGGAAGACGAGGCCGACCAAGGAUCAAAAACUCCUAACGGACUGGAUAGAGGAAGUGAGAGCUCGUAUCUUCAUCUCGAAAGAAAUGACUCGCUUAAGAAGUCACAUCUCGACGCUCUCAACAAGAGUGAACCACCAAGGCCUCCUUACAUGGAUCGAUUGAAGGCCUGGGAUGAGGAAUCUGAUGGAUCUGUCGGAAAACCGUAUGGACCUCACCCAAGACUUACCGAUGACGAGGCUYUACAAUCAAUCGAUAGUACUUCAGAAAACAGUGUAUCUCCAGCACAUUCUCUAGCAUCUUUGACAGACUCUGAUGUCGAUGGGGAGAUCGCCCGACACAUCAACGAUGCGCUUGACAACAAACGAUUGUCUGAAGACAUGUUAACUGGUAUCCCUUAUGCGAAACACUUAGAUAUAGAAACGGCSUCUGAUAUCAGUGAAAAAGGCGACACUAGAAAAAAAGUGAUGAACGGACACUUGUCUCUGCCUAAUUACCUAUCACCACGUAAUAUGCCUGUAAUCAAUAAUACAAUGCAUGCAGAUUCCYUAGAUCAGUUAAAACUGUGUGAUCCUUAUUACCAAAGAAAACGAGGCAAUCAAGUCUCUCGCACACCUUCUAAUGCUUCUAGCGGCAUCUACUCCACGCAAGUAUCGUCCAGCGAAACAAACAGCGUCGAUUCCCCGAUUGUUUCCCGAAGACAAUCCAAAUGCUCGGCACGAUCAAGUGCAACCUCGAGUGGAUUUGACAGCAGCUCUUCUGCUCGAGAAAGUCUCGGAAGUGAAGCACUGGUUGGAUAUCCUUUCGAUCCAAGUAAAUUAGUCGCUAUGCGCAACGUACAUAAACACCGAUUCCCUUAUUUGGAUGAGCCGUACGAAUGGGAUCGUGAGGGCACUGGGAGUGAAUUUGAAAGUGGCAGCGAGGUUGGACAUUCUUAUUAUAAACCAAAUAUGAUUGCAAACAUGCAUCAAUUAUUAGAYUUACAACAAAAACUUGGGAUAGAUCUUGAAAGUGGUAGCUCAAAUGAGUCAUUAUCAAGUAAAGCUAAAUUGGAAAAACUUACAAUACCAGAAAUGAUAAACUACAGCCCUGAUGUUACUCCACCUUCCUAUGAAGUGGACAAUUACAGCUCAGAAGAGAAAGAUAAAAGAUGUUCAAAGUUGAUGGAUGAGUUCAAAGCAAACAGGAAAGUACAAGAUGAGAAACUAAAUGGCAGUAUUAUCUACCAGUCAUGGGAUCUAUGAAUACUCAACCAUUUCAUUGUUCAAUGUCAUAAUAAUUUGACACUAUGUUUUCUCCCUCUUUUCCAAUUUAAAUUAAGUUUGAGCUUAUUUGAGUUAAUGUUUUACCCAACUAUAAACUUGCAUUUUCAAUUUUAAUCAUUUAACUAUCAAUUUGCAUUAUCRAGACGCUACUAGUAUUAUCAUUCUUGAUUCAAAUUAAAGUCCACAUGCAUCUGAGAACCUCUUCACGAUUUUCUCACCAUCUUUGAUUUUUAAACCAAUCAAAAAGGAGCUUUCAAUAUGAGAUCAUUUGUAAAACAAAACAUAACAAACAAUUGCAAAGGUUCAAGAUUGGAUGUAUGUGGGCCUUUGAACAUUGACAACUAAUCUUAUUUAAGGGGGGGUGUAACAAUUAAUAUAAUUUACACCCAGACAAUGAAAUAUUUAAUAGAUUAUAAAGAUAAAGAUAUAUUUUAAUUAAUUGUUAAUGGUUUCGGUAUGAAACGUAUGUUAUAUAUUAAUCAUAUAUAUAUUAUAUAUAAUAUAGUUGUUUGACUGAUUGGAAAACUUGCAUUUUUGUAAUUAAUGACACAAAGUUAUCCUGCAUAGCUUGUCGUCCAUGCUAUCACAUAUAAAUUGUCAUGCUGUAUUCAUAUUACUUUCUGUUUUCCUCAAGAACAGAAUCAUUAGGACAAUUAAAGCAAAAAAUAUGAUCUUUUAGGAUAAUACUUUUGAUUGCUUUUGUGGUCCUCAAACAUUGUUGAACUCACUUAAUAAAAUCUCAAAAUAAUAGAGAACAAAUAGGACAUUAGAGCAAAACAUAAAAAAACUAACCAUAAAAAAAYAUURUUCAUUUGGUAUCCAGUGGUAAAGACUGUACAAAUUAUACUACAGCAAGGUGGUGGUCAUUUUAUGGGCUUUUUGCUGCAAUCUUCKUUUUUUUUAUUAUAUUUGUACUUUUUACAAAGUCAUUUGAUUGWUCUUUUCUUAAUUGAGCUUUCAAAAAUCAUUUUGGCUGUUUAUUUUUUAUCUGAUUUGGUAGCAAAUGAGUUUUUCAUUGAUGGCUCGUUUGAACUCUUUUUAUAUGUUUCAUUCAUUUGGAAAAAAUGGCCACAGAAGGCCUUAUCAUCAGCUAACCAUUUAAAAAGCCCAUAUAACUCUUCAUUGUUAAAGACGAACUAUUUGUGAAGCUGUUUCAGACAACUUUUUUUUUUGUUCUGGAGUUUUGUAAUAAACAGCCAGGCAGUUGUGUAUGCAGGUCCGUACAAGUACUGGCCAGCAGUUUGAUGCAAAACUUUUUUUUAGUACUAAGAAAGCGAAACAAAAGUUCACCUCAAAUUUAAGGAACUAAACUUAAACUUUUGAAAAUUGUGUAAAUAUAAAUGCUCUUUAAUCUUAGUUUUUAUAUUAUCAAGUAAAGAUGCAAGUUUUGUUGAGGCCAAUCAAAUAUAGCACAGUUCUAUUUUUUAUAUAUAAUAAUUAGCUGUAUAAUGUAUAAAGACUUGCUAAUCAUGUGAUCAUAACGAAUGUCACAUUGAUGUGGUAUCAAUAAUUUUUUGCUUGCUACAUUUGUUUACCCAUAUAUGCAUGUUGUUUUUAUUUACAAAGUUAUUCUUUCCAUGCUAAUGAUAAUGAUAUUUUAUAAUAAAUAAAUGAAUAAACACUACCUGUCUUGUUCUGAGAA